UGGUGGUUGACAUAUUUGCCCUUUUGAUCUUUAGUGAUAAAUAUUUCAAUCAUCUUCGUGUGUCAGCCCAAAAAAUUAGGAAGAAUAGAUAUGCUUACGCAAAAUUAUCUGGUGUAUUUCAUCGAGUGUAAUAUUUACAAUACCCUUGUGCAUAAUAUACUAAAAGAAAAUGAGUAAUUGUCUUUAAUCACUCAAAUAAUAUUUCUUUUGGUUAGUUAUGAUUAAUUAAAUAAUUCGAUAUUAUAAAAUGUUAUCUAGUCCCAAUAUUUGUAUGCUCUAAAUUUACUUAUCUGAGAAAUUAUUUAUUGAACGAUCCAAUAAAUAUUUGGCUAAUCUUAUGUUUGACCAAAAAUUAAUAUCAAAUUAUUUCUCCCUCCACCACUAAAACUGAGAGCAUGAUUUGGUGGCGCAUGAAUCACCUUGUUCAAGAUAGCGACAACCCUGGCCCACCCUAUUUAUCUAAAUAAAAUAAUAAAUAAAUAAAUAAAAUCUCUAGAUACGAGUUUGCAGAAGAUAACCAAUCCGAUUUCCGAUCAAAACAUCGAAAUGAAAUGCACACACGAAAAGAAGAGAAAUAACAAUUAGCUAUUUAGAAGCUCAAUUUUAUUUCUUCUCUCUUCUUUGUGUGUGUGUGUGUGUCAAUGUAAAAAUAAUAAUUAAUAUGAAGUUUUUCUUUGAAUUCAUCUCGUGCUGCGGCUCAUUCUCGGCGGGGAAGGAGGAGAAGAGAUUGCUCGUACCAGCGCCGGAAAAUCGCCGCCGCGUAUGGCGUAGGAGAUCAGGGCGGUGGAGGGGUGGCCGCCGCCGUGAAUGGCGGCCAUCUCUGUCGUCGAUUUCGGAAGAUAAUGUGUUGGUGGCUGAGAGGAUCAUCAAUAACGGGGAACGGCCGGCGGAGAGAUGGCGGAGAAGCCUCAAGGGGAAGGUUUCCUCCUCCGUGCCGCGGAGAGCUCGUUCCCUAGAUAACUAUCCUGUCAGACGAACGCAACUCAUCAUGCCGCCAUUCGCUCCGAUGCCGUUUAUGUUUUGACGCGUUUCCAGGCAGUUUGCAGUUAUGCACAUAUACCACAAAAGAAAUUGUCUUCGUACCUGGAACAAGGAAUUUGUACAGCAUUUCUAACUUAGUUUCUCUUUCAUUGGGAUCCUCCUGUAUUUCUAAUGAUGUGUGUAUGUGCAGGUUUUUUUUUUCCAAGAUUUUUUUUUAAUGUAAAAAUUCCUAUUCAAUGACCAAUGUACAAUGUAUCGAAAUUUCGUUUCUUUAAUCUGAUAACGAAAUGUUC